GCCCCUCUCGUCCCCUCCCCUCCUCUCUAUAACUCGCUCUAUAACCCUACUCUCGAAGCCCACAACGAAGAAGCCCUAGGGUUUCCGAAUGGAUCGAAUUACCCUAAUCUCCCCCAAAUUCGCAUCAAUCCCGUGUUCUCCGAUCCCCAAUAAGCUUUUCCCCAAAUUCCCCGCUCCAAUUAGGAGGAGAAUCGGGUGCUUCGCCUCCUCUCUCACCGAUGGAGAUAAAGUUGCAGAGAAACCGGAAAUGCAGAGCUACACGAGCAUUCCGUCGUCAGCUGACAAUGAGGCAUCUAUUGCUUGUCAAACUCCUCGAUUUUUGGAGCCAUACGCAGCAAGCUGCAUAGGCUCACCUCUUCUGUGGAUUGGAGUUGGAGUUGGGGUAUCAGCAACAUUUUCAGUGGUGGCGACGAAAUUUAAGAGAAAGGCGAUUCGAGAAGCAUUCAAGGCUGUGAUGGAUCCCACGGUGCCGCAAAAUGGCAAGUUCAAUGCAGAGGCGUUCACUCCAGACUCGCCAUUCCCUUUUCCUGCUGAAUCAGCUUCAGCUCCAACCGCCGCAUCAGAAGCACAUGUUGAAUCACAACCUGCAACAAUGGAUGAUGUUCCUGCAGCAGAAAUUGAAGCAAAUGCGCCUGUAGAGAGUGAACAAACUGAAUCAAGCGAGGAAUAAGUCAAGGAAUAUAAUCUAGGGCAAAAUGCAUGGAUCGUCUGCUAUCCUGAUUUUGCGACUGGCUCUCUAUACUUUUCAAGUUUUAGCUCAAACACUUUAUUCCUUGAACUUUCACAUAUAUUAUACUUUUAGUCCUUGAUUGUUAAAACUUAGUUACCUUUGUUUUAACGACGUUUAAACUACGAUGAAUAAGUCAUUUUAUAGAAACGGGCGAAAUUAUCCUUUGCAAGAAAAAUUAGAUAUUUUGUACAGUCAGGGACUAAAAUGCCAUAUAUCUAAAAGUUCGGGGACUAAAUCUUCAAGCAAAAAGCGUAUGGACUGUGUCUCAAUUCCAGGAUAUCACAGGGUCUAUCAUGCAAUUUUACCGAAAAAUUACCAAGAAAAGGAGAGAACCGUAACAAUGUAAGAGAAUCUUUAUCCAUAGAGAAUAAAUCAACAGGAGUUGUCGAUGGAA